AUGAACCCGUACCGGUUGCUACAGACAGCUCGAUUCACGUCAAUUUACAACGAGCAGGUUGUACUCACUUACGCUGACACGGCAAAUGCUGAGACAGUACUGGCUCCGCAUCCAUUUGCUAUCGCGAAACAAAGUCGAACAGAACUUGCCAAGGACUUGCUGAAAUACCUGGUAUUUGUGGCGCAACCAGCUCUUUCUGAGGGUUCGGAGGGUCGCCAGCCCAAGAUCAAGCUGUUUACUAGCUCCACUAAAAGUACCAUUCAGAUGAGAACAGAGGAAACACGAACGAUCGCUCUCCUCGAAGCUAAAGGUGUGGAGAAAUACGAAAUCGUGCUGCUGGAUUGGCAUCCUGAACGCUGGGAAGAAAUGGCAUCAGUGAGUCGAAGUAAGCGUCUCCCCGAGGUGCACGUGGACAGCCUUUUCUUUGAUUUUUACGACAAGUUGGAGCAUCUUGAGGAUGAAGAACAAUUGUUAAUAUAUCGUACGAAUCCACAUGCGGCGAAGAAACUGAGCAGAGUUUUGGAAUCCAAUAUUAUUCUGGAAGCGUUUGGAAAUGCUACCACGUCGAUGAACCUGAAUUCGUCAAGGUUUGGAAAAGUGACAGCUCUGCAAGUUGCCUUUGGGGGGAACCAGAAUGAAUUGAACUUUCACGUACUGCGGUUGCUAGCGAAGGAGUUGCAUCUCGAUGGUGUAAAGUGCUCCGCGUUUACUGAUCUCGGUCGCAGCGACCACAAGCUGGCAGAGCUUAUGAGCGAAGAGGAAACGUGGAAAAAGGGUGUGGAAAGAUGGCAGCAGAUUAUUGGUGGGCUAGAUGAGCUGAACUGCUGUUCUGUGGCUUGA